CGCCUCUACGCGCAGCUCUCCCAAUCGAAAGCGCUGGUCCUCGAACUGCUUUUUUCUCCGCCGACGACGACGAAGGCCGCGACUCCACGUUACUGCCUCUCUCUCUCUCUUCCUCAACCCUCGCCCCUUCCCCGAUCCCCCCGGUCACCGUAUCGUGUUAGGGUUAGGGUUUCCAAGGCCUCGAUUCGAGCCUGGGAGGGGGAGAGGGGUGGGGAGCACGAUGCUGGAUCUCCAGAAGAGGCGGGUUCAGCUCAUGCUCUUCGUCAUCGGCCUCAUCGCGCUCAGCAUGACAGCUGAGAAGUUCAGGCAACUGGUCGGUGAGGAAGCCGCAUCAAAGAGCGGGAAAUUCACAUUUUUAAACUGCUUUGACAUGGGUACUGGCACUCUUGCAUGCACAGUUAAGGAGAGUGUAAAACUCUACGUCUACAGCCUCCGCAGUGCCCAUGUUGAGAGGGCGAGACUGCAGGCCAUAGAGAAAGCCUUAACUGAUGCCCUAAAAGAAGGCCUGGCGGCCACCGACGCAGCCAAGCAGGCCCAGAAGGUCGGGGCAAAGGCUGCAAAGCUAGCCUCUCGUCAAGCCAAACGUAUAUUGGGCCCGAUGAUAUCUUCGGGCUGGGACUUCUUUGAGGCUGUGUACUUUGGGGGCACUAUGACCGAGGGGUUUCUGAGAGGGACAGGUACAUUGUUGGGUACCUAUGCCGGUGGAUUCCAUGGUGAACAGAGGAUGGGGAAGUUGGGAUACCUUAUGGGAAGUCAUCUAGGUAGUUGGGUUGGAGGGAGGGUCGGGCUUAUGGUGUAUGAUGUCGUGAACGGGGUGAAUUUCUUGCUUCAGUUUGUCCAACCGGAAGAUGAGUACUCUUCUAGUGAAGAGAGUGAGUACAAAACAGAGGAAAAGUUUUACUACAAUGAUCAAAGUGAGGAAACCGGAUACUAUGAAGGUUAAUAACUAAAAGUAGCACUUCUAGGGCUUUCGAGUUUCUUGAUAUUAUUGCUUUCCUGUAGCUAGUGCUAUAAUGCAGCAGCAAUACCAUUUUCUGCUCUCACAUUUCUUAUUGUAUAGCUUAUAUAGGCUUUAUGGAUUUCAGAUUAAGACGACGCAUUGUUUCUUUCCUGCUGUUGUAUUUGUUAAGAAAGCUGAUGAAUUUGGCCACUGUGAAACACAGGAAGCUUGCUCAUUGAGAACUUUCCAGAAUGUAAAAUAGCAAUAAUCAGCUUAAAUCUGUGUAAGCACAUGUCUUUA